CACUCACCUCUCUUUUCUCUCUCCUCACAAGCAGAGAAAAACAAAAAAAACUCUCAAAUAAUCACGUUGAAAUCGCCAUUGUUGUACCUCUUCUUUCAGAUCUAAUCACACUUUUUUCUCUGCAAAAACAAUCAUUCAAUCAUGUCUACUGUCUUCAAUGGCGAUGAAACUGCUCCCUUCUUCGGCUUCCUUGGUGCCGCUGCCGCUCUCGUCUUCUCCUGUAUGGGAGCAGCAUACGGAACAGCGAAGAGUGGAGUAGGAGUGGCGUCUAUGGGAGUGAUGAGACCAGAAUUGGUGAUGAAAUCAAUUGUUCCAGUUGUUAUGGCUGGAGUUUUGGGUAUUUAUGGAUUGAUUAUUGCUGUGAUUAUUAGUACUGGUAUUAACCCUAAGGCUAAAUCGUACUAUCUUUUUGAUGGAUAUGCUCAUCUCUCUUCUGGUCUCGCUUGUGGUCUUGCUGGUCUCUCUGCUGGCAUGGCCAUCGGUAUUGUCGGCGAUGCCGGUGUCAGAGCAAACGCCCAGCAGCCCAAGCUUUUCGUUGGAAUGAUCCUCAUUCUCAUUUUCGCUGAAGCUUUGGCUUUGUACGGUCUUAUUGUUGGUAUCAUCCUCUCUUCCCGUGCUGGUCAAUCAAGAGCCGAUUAGGAGGUUCACCUCUUGAUCUACAUUUGUUUUUCCAUUGCCACCGCUGGAGAUGUAAUUUUUUCUUACUCGGGCAGUGAGAGGGGUCACUUGGCAUUCAAAGUGGCUUCUCUCGAAGGAUUGAUUAUGGUCUUAUUGUUUUUGAGUUGUGAUUGGUGGGUUCUUCUGCAUGGAGAAUGUUAAAACCAGAUUGUAGAGUUUGAUAGUUUAGUGUUUCCUCCAAAUAAAAGUGAUGCUGUAUCAUUAUUAUUGUUUUCCAUCUUUGCUCUCCUGGAUAUGGAGAUUCAGUUUGGACAUCCUGUAACAGUAUGUUAGAUGCCAAAUAUUCUUUUGAGCCUUUUCAUUCUUGGUUUCAACAAUAUACAUAAUUUAAGAUUCUAUUAUGUUAUGGGUUAGCCUCACUUGAGGAUCAAUAAAUUAAAUGUGUUGAUGAA